GUUACGAACUUUAAAGCCGAAGCCAUUGAUGCCUUUGCAUUGAAGCACAAGUCAAAAACAGUGACAACCAAAUAUACCCCGAGUCUCUCUGCAGAAUUCCCAAAGUUUUUUCCCCUUUUGGAAGGUUCUUUGUUCUUUUUGUUUGCUGUUGAGAAAGAUUGUUUCCAGCAUGACGGAGGAGAAUGACAAGUACGGCAAAGAGUUGGAUUUGGCUGUUAGAAUUGUGCAUAUGGCUUGCUCUUUAUGUCAGAAAGUGCAACAAAGCUUGGUUUCUGCUGCUUCUCGACAUAUUUUGGCUAAGGAUGAUGAUUCUCCUGUUACUAUUGCAGACUGGAGUGUCCAAGCAACUGUUAGUUGGCUGCUUUCCGAGUUCUUGGAAGGGCAGAGUGUAUCCAUAGUUGCUGAAGAAGAUGUCCAAACACUCUCAAAGUCUGAUGCAGCAAGUUUACUUGAAGCUGUUGUCAACACUGUGAACGAAUGCUUAGCCGAAGCACCAAAAUAUGGUCUCCAGCUGCCAAAGAAAGCUCUCGGGACUUCACAAAUCCUUGAGGCUAUCAGUAGAUGCAACUCAACAGGGGGCCCAACUGGAAGACAUUGGGUUCUGGACCCCGUUGACGGGACAUUGGGUUUUAUACGUGGUGACCAGUAUGCUGUAGCUCUAGCUUUGAUCGAGGACGGGAAGCUAGUUCUCGGAGUUCUUGGUUGCCCCAAUUACCCUAUGAAAAAGGAGCUCUUGAAUUAUAAUCAUCAGCGCAAUCAAACUAUGCCAAAGGCUUCGCCAUCUUCUGAUAUUUGGCAAAAAGGAUGUGUGAUGUAUGCAAGGAGAGGAAGUGGUCGGGCAUUGAUGCAACCAUUGAUCCACGGGGAUACAAAAUUUGAAUGGCCAAAUUCUGCUACAUUGGUAAAGGCUUCUGCCGUUGAUGAUCCAUCACUGGCAACUUUUUGCGAACCUGUGGAAAAGGCAAAUUCAAACCACUUGUUUACGGCGGGGCUUGCGAACAGCAUAGGUGUCAAAAACCAACCUAUGCGAGUCCAUAGCAUGGUAAAAUAUGCAGCAAUAGCUCGGGGUGACGCUGAGGUUUUUAUAAAGUUUGCAAGAUCCGGGUACAAAGAAAAGAUAUGGGACCAUGCUGCCGGUGUUGUUAUCGUAGAAGAAGCUGGUGGGGUUGUAACUGAUGCAGGAGGUAGCCCGUUGGACUUCCGUUGGGGACUGUACUUAAAAGGUCUUGACCGGGGGAUUAUUGCUUGCUCUGGACCAAUACUGCAUGAUAAAAUCAUCGGAGCUGUAUAUGCAAGCUGGGAUUCUUCAAAUCUGUGAGACUUCCUAUAUCUUGCCAAUGCAGUCAUCCCACAUCUAACUAUGUCAGGGUGAGCGUAUUCUGAGAAGGAUGCUGAUGUGCAUCCGUUUUAAGGGUAUGAAAAUUUCCAAAGUCUGAUCAUUUACUUCACCUUCAGUUCCGAUCUUACCAUCACAGAUUCCUUGGUUUUUAUUAGCAAUAGCUCCCUUACUAUAGCUUUUCUAAGGGAAAUUUUACUGUCAUCAAUGGAGAUUCUUUAGUAUGAGAAAGCUUAAGCUGAUGCUUCUAUCCUAUGCUAAGCUUACGGAACUGAACCGAUACAUAAUGUUUUGGACGCAUACUCAUAUAUGAUUUUCGCUUCGGAGAAAUACAUAUUUUCUUCUAUGUUUC